CAGAAGAAUUUCCAGAAUGAGUCAAGCUGAGGAAAGCAGUGGGAACUCAGCAUGGAAUAUUGUGAGGUCAGUAGUGUGCGUAAUACUGGCCUUGUCAUUUAUAAUUGGCACUCCUGGGAACUGCAUUGUCAUCUGGACUGUUUGUACAAAAAUGAAGAAAAUAUCUCUUUCAGUCCUGCUGAUCUUGAACCUGGCCAUUGCUGACGUCCUUGUACUGAUCACUUUACCAAUCUGGAUUUACUCUUUUGUUGACUCAUGGGUUUUUGGAAUCAUCUUCUGCAAAGUGCUGGUUUUCAUUAUUUACUGCAGCAUGUAUGCCAGUAUAUUUCUGAUUACAGCACUCAGCUUGGAGCGGCUACUGGCUGUGUUUUACCCUUUCACAAUUCAAACCUACAGAAGAAAAGAAAAAAUUUCUUUGAUUGUGUUCCUCAUUUGGUUCCUGUCUGUUGCCUUUGGCAUUUCUGUCAUUCCAUUUCAAGAGACAGAAGAAAUGGACGGUCGGCUUCUGUGCACGUGUCGCAACUACUCUUCUAAUAGACAGAAGGUGUCCUAUCUUCUGCUGGAGACCCUUGCAGGUUUUGUAAUCCCUUUCUUAAUUAUUUGCACUUGUUAUGUGUGUGUUGCAAGAAGAAUAAGCAGAAUGACUUACCAAUCCAAGCAGCGAUCGGAACGUCUCAUUGCCAGCGUCGUGGUGGCUUUCAUUCUGUGCUGGUUCCCUCACCACAUCUUUAACAUCCUGGAUGUCAUUUCUGUUGAAAUAGAGCUCUCAAAUGAGGAGAUGUCUUUGGCACUGGAAGAAAUUGUAGACAAAGGAGCCUACAUCUCUGGAGCACUUGUAUUCAUCAGUAGCUGUAUUAACCCUCUGCUUUAUGCUUUUGCUGCACGAAGGUUUCAGAACCACCUGAGGUUUGCCAAGAUGUCAAAGCUGUUUGAACAGAUCAGUCAGACUGUAACAGAGGAAGACAAGAAAAGAAAUCUGGUUGUAGCCAAACAUGAAGAUACUUUGGUAGGCACAGAAAAUCUCUAACAAGGAACUUAGUGAAUAAUCUGUGUCAUUUCUUCAGCAGUCCUUUCUCCUCAUUCUCUGAGUUUCAUUUACUGAGCAGUCCAGGAAAAGCUGUAGAGAACUAAAAGCUUUUUGGGUUUUUUUCUUGUGUGUUAUAUAAGAAUUGGCAUUAACAACAUUGUUCAGUUCAUAAAUUAUUAUUCACAUUGUGAAAUGAGCACUAUUUCACUGUUGCUGAGAACAUCAACAAGGUGGCUAAAAGCUAAAAUUGUGAGGAAUACAGCAUUGUUACUUUCCAUUAAAAUUAUGUCUGAUUUAUAGAAAG